AUACAAAGAGACUGCCUGAGAGAGAGAGAGAGAGGGGAAGAGGAAGAGAUUUCGACACAAAUCGUUUCAUCAUCUUCUUCUCCUCCUCUCUUCCUCCCCAACAUCAUUAUUUUCUUCCUGCAACAUUUACUAGUAAAUUAACGAUGGCGAAAGACAGAUCACAAGAGAAGAACAGCAAGAUGGUAGUCCGUGUAGUCUGGAACUGGGUGGCGGAGCUCAAGCUUUUGUUAACUGCUCUCCUCCUCCUCUGCACCGUUGCUACCAUCCUCCAGUUUAUACCUUCCCGUUUAUCCUUCUCCGCCUCUGAUCUCCGCUUCUGCAUCUCUCGGGUGUCCAUCGUCGCUGAGCCAAAUGUCACUAGACAAGAGGAGGUGGUCGUUGAUGCCCAACAACCGGAGCCAUCACCGCCGUCUGUUGAAAGUGAUCAGCGGCUGCCUAACGGUGCUUUACGGCGGGCCUUCAACCCCUAUGGUGCGGUGGCCUACAACUUCAUUACCAUGGGCACCUAUCGAGGCGGCCCAAAUAACUUCGUCAUUGUGGGUCUCGCUUCCAAGGCCCUCCAGGUGUUCUCCCGCCCGACCUAUCAAUGCCAGUGGAUCCCACAAAACAACAGCCAAGCAAACACCACCACCGUCGCUUACAAGAUCCUCCCAGACUGGGGCUACGGCCGCGUGUACACCGUUGUGGUCGUUAAUUGCACAUUCUCUCAGCCAAUCAACACCGACAAUUCCGGCGGCACGCUUCUCCUGCAAGCCUCCACCUCCGGAGGUGGGGACGCUAAAUUCAACGUUACGGACACAAUUCCGGCAUUGACGGAACCACCCGGAAGCUUGAAUAUUUCAAUGUUCGCGGCGGAACCCAAAUACGACUACCUGUAUUGCGGGUCUCCGCUGUACGGGAACUUGAGCCCCCAAAGGGUGAGGGAGUGGAUAGCAUACCAUGUGAGAUUGUUCGGAAAGAGAUCCCAUUUUAUCAUUUACGACGCCGGAGGGGUUCACGAGGAGGUGUUGAAGGUGCUGAAGCCGUGGAUGGAGCUGGGGUACGUGACGCUGCAGGACGUAAGGGAUCAGGAGAGGUUUGAUGGGUACUACCACAAUCAGUUCAUGGUGGUGAACGAUUGCCUGCACAGAUACAAAUUUAUGGCGAAGUGGAUGUUCUUCUUUGAUGUGGAUGAAUACAUUUACAUGCCGCCCAAGAGCACUAUUAAGUCUGUGCUCGAUUCCCUUUCAGAUUAUAGUCAAUUUACAAUCGAGCAGAUGCCCAUGAGCAGUAAGCACUGCCUCACUCAAGAUGCUGCCAAACGCCAGAGGAAAUGGGGAUUUGAGAAGCUUGUAUAUAGGGAUGUGAAGAAAGGAAUAAGAAGGGACCGCAAAUACGCACUUCAACCCCGCAAUGCAUAUGCUACUGGCGUGCACAUGUCCCAGAACAUAGCAGGGAAGACGACUCACAAGACAGAAGGCAGGAUCAAGUACUUCCAUUACCAUGGAACCAUUGCACAAAGGCGUGAGCCAUGCCGAUUCCUAAUCAAUUCCACAGAGUUCAACUAUGAGAAAACCCCUUACGUUUUGGACACCACCUUGAGGGAUAUUGCUUGGUCUGUGAAGAAAUUUGAGCUGGAAAUGAUAGGACCCAGGUUAGAAAAAACCUGGCAGUGAUAGUUUGUAGUUAGCCACAGCAGAUUAAAUUUAUUGAGGGUUUUUUCUGGUGUAUGAUAUAGUUUCUCACAUGUAGAUAGGAAACUGAUGUGAAGAAUUUCAUUUUUGUUUUAAAAUAAGAAGUGCUCCAUUCUUUCAAUUUUUUGGACAAUAUGAUACCGUUUAGAAUAAAUAAUAGAGGUGAUUAGCUGUC